GCAGACAAAGGCGAGGGGCGGCGGCGGGCGCCAUGCGCGCGGUGCGGAAGCGCUGGACGGCGUGCACCAUCAGCAUCCUCCUCAUCGUCUACAAGACAAAGGAGAUCGCGCGCCCCGAGGAGCGCCAGGAGGCCCCGCUGCCCGGAGAUGGUGAGCUGAGUUUGAGUAGAUCAAUGAUCAAUAGCUCUGAUAAAAUAACUCGAAAGGGUGGCUCCUCAAUCUUCCAGCACUCUGUAGAAGGUUGGAAAAUCAAUUCCUCAUUGGUACUGGAGAUAAGGAAGAACAUCCUUCGGUUCUUGGAUGCUGAAAGGGAUGUCUCGGUGGUCAAAAGCAGCUUCAAGCCAGGGGACGUAAUCCAUUACGUGUUGGACAGGCGCCGCACGCUGAACAUCUCGCAGGACUUGCACAGCCUCCUCCCCGAGGUUUCCCCCAUGAAGAAUCGGCGAUUUAAAACCUGUGCAGUUGUUGGGAAUUCUGGCAUCCUCCUGGACAGUGGAUGUGGAAAGGAGAUUGAUAGCCAUGACUUUGUAAUAAGGUGCAAUCUAGCUCCUGUGGUGGAGUUUGCUGCAGAUGUGGGAGCUAAAUCUGAUUUUAUUACCAUGAACCCAUCAGUUGUACAAAGAGCGUUUGGAGGCUUUCGGAAUGAGAGUGACAGAGAAAAAUUUGUGCAUAGACUAUCCAUGCUGAAUGACAGUGUCCUUUGGAUUCCUGCUUUCAUGGUCAAAGGCGGAGAGAAGCAUGUGGAGUGGGUUAAUGCAUUAAUCCUUAAGAAUAAAUUGAAAGUGCGAACCGCCUAUCCAUCACUGAGACUUAUUCAUGCUGUCAGAGGCUACUGGCUCACAAACAAGGUCCACAUCAAGCGUCCCAGCACCGGUCUCCUCAUGUACACGCUUGCUACUAGAUUUUGUGAUGAAAUUCAUCUGUAUGGAUUCUGGCCAUUCCCAAAAGAUUUACAUGGAAAACCAGUCAAGUAUCACUAUUACGACGAUCUAAAGUAUCGGUACUUUUCUAAUGCCAGCCCUCAUAGGAUGCCACUAGAGUUUAAGACUUUAUAUGUACUACAUAACAGAGGAGCACUUAAACUAACAACAGGGAAAUGUGUACAGCAAUAAAGCACGUGUAAAAUACAAGAAGAAGUCCAGAGUACGCACUUCAUCGUAAAGAUGUUAUGGAAUGGCAAUGGGAUUCCAGUGAGGAUAUACUUCAAUACCCACUAAGCCAUUGGAAAAACGGAUUUUUAUCAGAAGUGCAUAACCAGCUACUAUACCUGUAAAGUGCUAUGAAGCUAAGCUAUCUUGACUGCAAGGGUUCAAGUAAGUGCCACUUUCACUAAGAACAAAGCUUGAAUGUAUACUCAGUAGUGUUUACAGGACCCAGCGAUACAUUCAUCAUGAAUUAAAGAAGAAACAAUUAGCCUGCUUAUUGCUGACUUGCCAGAGCGCUUAUCAGAGAAACCCCCAGUGCGUGGGGCCGUUUCUCGAGGAAAUACGCAGGGCUUCAGCGGCAAAGAUCACGAUGGGAUUGCGCAGAGAAAGCAAGGUCCGUAAGAUCGGACAGAUGGAGCAAAUGCCUUCAGUCAGAGGACUGUUUCUGAUCUUGUAUUAUAACCUCAGCUUUUGUUGCCGUUUUUCUUAUUGUCGUGGGUUGGGUUUUGUUGCUCUUGGUAUGGGAACCCUCCAAGGAUUUGGGGGAUGUGAUGAAUAAUUAAAAGUAUGUAUCUUAAGGAAUUGUCGUAGGAGAAGAAAAUUGGCAAGGGAGGGAGGGUGGAGGGAAACAUCAAAUGCUUUAUCACUUGGUGUUGUGUUGUAACUUGCUGUCGCACAACUCUCAACCUCCCAGGGUGGUUUUCUAGCUACAGCUGUCGGUACCCACUACUUGGAACCACUCAGAGAUCGGUCAUUUUGAGCCUUUUUUUAAAGAGAGGAUUUUCGGUUUUAUUCAGAUCUGUGGACUCACUUAACAAAAAGGUGCCCUUAUUUUUGGUACCAAAGAUUAAGCUUCUUUUCUAUACUCAUCUUUUCCUUUUCUUGAAGAAAUAAUGAACAUUUCAUAUGAUGUUUCUUUGCUGAUGAAGGAAACAUUUGCUGAAUCAUUUAUUUACAGUGAUUUAUGUUGUUUGAGUUGUUUGCAUGAAGCAUCUCAAAGCCUCUUUAUUGACGUUGCCUGUAGAGUUUUAUUCUUCGGAAAUAUCUGCAGGAGAAAAGAGAUUAUCUCAUAUGUUCAAACGCAUACAAUUUUUAUUCCUAAUUGAAAGGAGAACAAGAAGUCUAAAGGAACUCAGCUGACAUAUUGGAACUUGUUAAAAGAAAAAAAAAGACCUAACCAAUUAAAUGGAAAAUAAAGGAACUGUAGAUCAAGCAGUUCUUUCAAAACUUAAAUUUCUCAUGAUGUCAGAUAAUACAUCUCUCUGAUGCACCUCUUUUGUAUGGGCUUGACGUAGGGAUGUGAAGUUGACUGAAAUAACACAGAGCUGUAUUAUCCCGUUGAUUUUUCUGAGCAGUUUUCUUUUUCUUUAUUCACCAGACCAACAAUUCUUUUGCUUCCUGCUUUCAGAAAAGAGAAUGAUAAAUUGGAGGAGAGAGGGUGGGCAGAAUAUCAGUACGAUGUACACACGGUACAAAACCUGUGUUCAUAUGGUUUGUUUUAGCUCUGUAUGAGCAAGGAGAGGAGGUCACCCGUUUCUACCACUUUCAUGGCAGGCUACGCUAAGGAGGAGGGAUAUGGGUACCAUGUAUGGGUAUUUUCCCGUAACGUUUUCAGCUCCAGGAUAGGUCCUCAUCUCCAAAUGUUUUAUCCACUGUAUAUAUCAAAUCUUGAGCUAGUGUUGGAGAAUUUCAUGUGUAAAGAAAAGUUCGAGAACUUUUAGCAUUUAAAAAGAAUACGUGCCACUUUUUCCCCUAUGUUUCCCUUUAAGUUCACAUAUGCAUGACUAGAAGUCUGUGAUGAUGCAAAUGUAGUAGCCUAAAUCCCUGACUUACAGUCGAGUUUUCUAGAAGCUGGCAUGAAAUAGAAAGUCCUUCUGCCAUAGCCCCAGAAUAGUAGCGCUGUCCUGUUUACCAGUCUCUCCAACCCCAGGGCAGUUUCCUUCGGCUGUGUGCCGAGGUGUGGGAUGCAGUUCCAAUCCAAUGAGCAGUGAAACCAAGGCAUCCCUAGGAACUCAAUAGCAGUACAGACUGGAGUGUAUUUAAUUUGUCAUUGAUGAACCGCAGAGUGUUAUACGUACACAGUGUAAGCUGGCAGCUUAAGAGAAGGCUAUUUGCUUGGCGAAAGAUGUGUGUGUUCCUAUUCUUUCUGUUGGGGUUUUGUGGCUGUUGUUUCUUUGACACAUUUUGUAUGCCCUAAUUGACUCUCUGUUGAGAUAAAGGGUUCAGAGCUGUCAGUCUCACAGAAGCUCAAAGAAGUGCCUGCUUAGCUUUAUCUGUUCCCCUGGGAAUGUGCUCUCUUCUCCGCUCCGCUGUCAGCCCAUCAACAGAAGGGGAAUUCACGUCGACUGCAAGAUGAAGUAGUACGUGGGUUUUUUUCUCCACCUCAGGGAAGCUUUUAAUACACCGGUACGAGUAUUUCUCUGAGAGCAAAGUAGAUGACAAUACUAUAAUUCUUCUGGUAGUACCAAAAAAAAAAGCGGAGGGGGGGAACAAAAAUGUCAACCUUCUGUAAUUGGAUAAAUGAAAUCAAGGAGUCAUUAAUGAUAAAGGAUAGAUAAGGGGAGGUUGCAUUUCUGGGUCAGCAGAUGAAGGAUGGACAAAAGUCCCUGUUGACAAGGGUCACAUCUGAUUUUCUGGGUGAGGUUUAGUUCACAAGCCAUAGAGGCACAUUGCCACCCUAGCAUUAAGCCUAGUCCAAUCAGGCAACAAGUUUUCUCAGACUUGGUUUUGCACAGGCCAUGACAGCAGCACCUUCUUCCAAGGCAACAGCAGCUUACUGGGACCUUCUCAAAACCAGCCCUCACUCUUUGUUCCCGUGUGCUUUUCCACAUUGGAAUUGCCCACAGUUGGCACCCUUGACCUUCUCCUUAGGCUGGGACUUGGACUGUUUUCCCCACUGAAAGCAAGUGUCUCCUCCCUGACUCGUGGCACUACCCUGGUGUGCUUUAUUAUAUUCAUCCCUCUCAUCAUCCAACACUAGCAGUGACUAACACAAAAUGGAAGAAAAAGAAGGGUCCCAAAUAAUGUCAUGAUAUCUGCCUUGAUGAGGAUUAACUGAGGAAUAUGCUUCGACUGAGUGUUCCUCAGAUUUAUCCUCAAGAAAGUUACAUUGAUUGCCAGCUGUGGUUCCUAGAAGUAUGCUAAGAAUAAGAACAGGGAGCUACAGCAAGACAGCAGACUGGAUAUUUUUCAAAAUCUUUUGGCAGCUCUUUAAGAAUUUGAUUUAAUUCAGGUAAACGUAUUGUGAACUGUUUAUUAAUAUAUAUGUUAAUGUUUUUGUGGCAGAUACUCUCAUAUUUCAUAAAAAGCAUAGAUAAAUAUAUUUGUUGGCUACAUUUUCAACUUCAGGACAGUUCUUUCUCCCUCAGCUCUGAGUCACUUUCCAGAUUUAAGAUCUACUAAACCUUUCAAACUUUGGCUGGUUUACAUGAUCUGCUAUGUAAUAAGAAACCAGACCACAUUUAAUGAAUACCGUACCAUUAUUUGUUAAAGAAUAAAAUCAACACAUACUAGAAGUCAGCACCUUUUUUAAUAACUGCAGCUUGAAGAAAAGCCAAUCAGUACCUUUUUUGGUGUGUUUGAUCUGGCAGUGCUGAGCACUUCCUACUCACAGUGACUUUACUGGGAGUGACAUGUCCAGAACUUAGGUGGGCAUCUAGAUUGGCAUCUUCAAGGAUCUGACUCUUAAAUUGCACAUUAUUAUUUAUUUUUAAGA